AUGGCCGUCGGCUUCCUCCCCUUCCUCUCCGCCCUCUUCGGCUGGGUCUACACCCUCUGCUGGAGCGCCUCCUUCUACCCCCAGCCGCUGCUCAACUGGCACCGCCGCACCACGAGCGGCACCACCGUCGACUUUCCCUUCCUCAACGUCCUGGGCUUCGCCGCGUACCUCGCCUCCAACCUCGCCUUCUACUACUCCCCCGUCGUCCGCGCCCAGUACGCCGCCCGCCACCACGGCCUGCCCCCGACCGUCCAGUUCAACGACAUCACCUUUGCGCUGCACGCCCUCGUCCUCUCCGUCCUCACCGCCUCGCAAUACCUGCUCGCCCGCCCGCUGUGGCGCUUCGCCCCCGCCGUCGCCGGCGCGCGCCCCAGCCGCGGCGUGCUCGGCAUCUCGGCCGGCUCGCUGUGCGGCGUCGCCGUCGUCUACCUGCUCGCGGCCGCCGCGGCCGCCCGCGCUUCCUCCUCUGCCUCCUCCUCCUUGUUGGCGGCGGACGGCCUCUCCGGCCUCCGAGGGCAACAAAGCGCCAUCGACCCCGCUGUCGACUGGUGCGAGCUCGACGUCGUCUACGCCGUCGGCUACGUUAAGCUCCUCGUCACCCUCGUCAAGUACACGCCCCAGCUGCUCGCCAACUGGCGCAACAAGAGCACCGAGGGCUGGAGCAUCUGGCAGGUCCUGCUGGAUCUCGCCGGCGGCGUCCUCAGCAUCGCCCAGCUCGGCAUCGACAGCUGGCUGCAGGGAAGCUGGAGCGGCGUCACUGGCAACCCCGUCAAGUUUGCCCUCGGCAACGCGAGCCUCGUCUACGACAGUAUUUUCAUUGUCCAGCACUACGUCGUCUAUAGGGGUGCCACGAACGGCUCUGACAAGCCUCGCUGGAGGGGCGUCGAGGAGCCACUGCUGGGGGACGAGGGUGACGAGAGAAGGAGGAGGCGCCUGGACUGA